CUUUCUGUGCGUUGAUGACGUUGUCCGUCCAGAAGAGGGAGUGAUUGAUCUGGAUUGACACAAACAGCUACUGCCCUGCCCGGCCUGUCACACAGCAUCACUGGGUCACUGUAGCAUGCCUGAAUGCCAGAUGAGGAGGGAUGGCGAGAUGGGAUGGUGACCUGCUGACAAUGAUUUUGGCCAUAGCUAGUAUCAAUGGUGGUACCUAAACACGAACAAUAAACUACAACUACAAUGCUGCUCUACGCAGUUUUGAUGACGUUACGAGGGCAUUUACCGCAGUAACCUUUCCUGUCUGUCUGGUGGUGCGUUUGCGCCUCCUGUCUUGAAAGGGAGGUGAAAAAAUAGUUUACUUUCCAGAGUUCAAGGUUUGGUUUCGGUGCUCGUUUGGAGUAAAGGGUUUUACAGAGGUAGUAAGCCCCUUUUUACACUGCCAAGAUGAUUAACAUGUGGAAAGUCAGGGAGUUGGUUGACAAAGCGACCAAUGUGGUGAUGAACUACUCGGAGGUGGAGUCUAAAGUCAGAGAGGCCACCAAUGAUGACCCUUGGGGACCAUCGGGACAGCUAAUGAGUGAAAUUUCUAGAGCCACCUUCAUGUAUGAGCAGUUCCCAGAAGUCAUGAACAUGCUGUGGGCCCGAAUGCUGAGGGACAACAAGAAAAAUUGGAGGAGAGUCUACAAGUCACUGUUACUGCUGGCACAUCUAAUCAGGAAUGGAUCUGAGAGGGUUGUAACCAGCACCAGAGAGCACCUGUAUGACCUGAGAUCAUUGGAAAGUUAUCACUUUGUAGAUGAGAAUGGGAAGGACCAGGGAGUGAAUGUUCGCCUGAAGGUGAAGGAGCUGGUGGAGUUUGUUCAGGAUGAUGAGAGGCUUCGGAAAGAACGGAAGAAGGCAAAAGAAAACAAAGACAAAUACAUUGGUGUGCCCUCUGACAGUAUGGGAUACCGAUCUUACUCAAGAGACAGGUACGACUCGAAUGAUAGCCGGCCCAAGUGGGAUGACGACUGGGACAAGAGCAAAGGGCCAUUUCCUUUCAGUGAAAAGCUGGGGGAGAUCAGUGGCAAAAUUAGCAACACCAUUGACGAUACCAUCAGUAAGAUCAGAAAGAAAGACAGGGAUGACUCCCCUGAUCGGUUCAGUGACAACGAGGAGGACCGGGAUCGCUCGUUUCGCAACGGCCAGUCGGGAAAAGAGUUCAAAGACGAAGAAGAGACUGUUACCACCAAGAGUGUACAAAUUGUCCAAGCAACAGAAACGACAGCAACUCGGAAAAGAGGAGCCCCGUCCAAAAAGGUCGACCUGGGGGCCGCAGCUAACUACACAGGAGACGUGAGCCCCAACACCUCUGCCAAACAGACGCAGCCAGCAGCAGCAGCCUCGCAGCCCUCCAGCACAGGGCUGGCUGACUUACUGAUGGUGGACACCACACCCAGUCAGCCUGCCUCCACAGACCUGAUUGGGGGAUUUGCUGACUUCACAUCGCACUCUGCCUCUGCCGGACUGCCGUCAGGAUCUGCACCGUCCUCAAGCACCAAUGGAGACUUUGGAGAAUGGAAUGCCUUUCCUGGAGGUCAAAUGCCAGUAUCUGCUCAGGCUUUGGAUGUCAGUGGAGGCGAGCUGUUUGGAGGCUUCGCAGCAGGUUCUGCCGCUCCCACUGCCCCCGCCACAGUCCCAGCUGGAGCUCCUGGUCCCGCCUCGGCAGACCUGUUUGACCUGAUGGGCCCGGCUCAGUCACUCACCUCCUCCCAGAGCCUAAACUUCAGCAUGAGCAGCACACAGAGCAUGAGCACCACCGUACUGCCCCAGUCCAAGUCACAGAACAUCGGGGGCCCCCUACAGCCACAGCCCGUGCAGCAGGGGGUGGCCUCUCAGGGUGCAGGAGCCAAAGCAUCUCUGCCCUCCACCUGGUCAGAUCAUUCAGUGAACAUCAGCCUGGACUUCCUGGGGCCUGGCAUGCAGCCCCCAAAGCCGAACCAGCCCAGUCUCAACACCCUCCAACAAGGCAAUCAAGUACCUGCCAACAUGCUCCUGCAGGGAUUUUCCAGUAUGAGUCUCGGACCUUCAGCUGUCAGACCACCUGCUAAUCCCAUGAUGCACCCUGGUACGGGAAUGGGCAUGGCUCCUAAUCCGGCCAUGAUGGGGAUGGGCAUGAACAUGGGGAUGCCACAGGGGGGUAUGCCCAUGGGGAUGCCACAGGGUGGUAUGACCAUGGGGAUGCCUGGUGCCAUGGGGAUGGGGAUGAGCCCUGCUAUGGUCCAGCAGCCCAAACACGAUGCCUUUGCUGACUUUGGCAACUUUGGAAAGUGAAGGAAGCGGAGAGCAGAGGUAAUCCGCAGCAGGAAGAGUCUCUUGCCGUCCAAUCGGCGAAGGAUUGCCAUGAGAUGCAAACAAAGACUCCUUGAAUUAUGUCGGCCCCCCCCCACCCCAUCGAAAAAAGAAAGAACCCAUGUCUUUCUCUGUUUCGUUUUUUCUUCCUUUUUUGUUCUUUUUAAAUAGUGAAAUGAAUCUAAAUGAAUGUGUAGAUUGAACCAAUGAUGUAUGCAGUCUGGGAUGGUGCUUAUACACACGUGAUGUGUUUUCUCAACGUCUGUUGGAUAAAAAGCACCAUUGAAAACAUGUUAGGGGGGAUUUUGCUUCAUAACUCAUAAGUAAAAUUGCCAGAAUAGUUUAAAAAAGAAACACAAAAAAAACAAA